AUGGUUAAGACUUGCAGAACACCAGCAGCAUGUCGUCCGUUCGUCCGUGUCUCGGUAAGAAGAAGUCCAGAAGAAGGAAUCGAUGUGCGGUUGAAGUCAAAUCGCGCUUCCGUCCGUCCACCGACACCACGCCCGCCCACCCCUCGGGGAGCAAUCCGCUCUACACACCUUCGAGACGAGCUGGAAGAGAUCGUUAAGGAGAAAAUGCGAAUUUCUUACAAUGACUCGGUGCAUGCACUACCUGUCACACUCAUCAUUGCGGAAUAUUCUCCUCCCACCGUUAAAAAGGAGCCUGCCGCAGUGAGGAUGCGAUACGGUCUGCUGCUGUUAGGCCUCGCAAUAGCUUGUUCAGCUGAUAUUUGUGACAAGUUAAUGGUGACAAUUUUCGACGGCGCUCCUCCUAACUUCAUCGAAUUAGCGGAGUGCACCUUGGAAAGAAAACUGGCUCCGCAGACGAAAUUCAAGGUGAUAUUGGUUCACGUAGAUCCCCAUGAUGGUAUAUCGUCGGAAACUUAUCUAAACGUCAUCGGCUUUCCAAUCCGUGGAUGGGAAAGUAUGUGGAAGUUUGUCAAACCAGAUGUGAAGAGGCUUGUAAAUGUACCUAGCGAUGAACCGUUCGCAAAGGCUCGUGAAUGCGAGAAGAAAGGCUUCAAAGUAAAAACUAAUCACUUUCCUCUGAGCGUGCUCUAUAAGCUUGCUGGGGACCAAGGUCUUCUUCGAUAUUGA